UCUUAUUUAAAUUUAUUUUGAAAACUUGGUGAAAUAUUCUACAUAGCCUUGUCUGCUGCAUGUGCAUUAGAAGGUGCAAGCUGAAGAGGUUACAAACAGGAAACUGGUAGUUUUUCUAAGGUAAACGUACAGGCACUUGACGAGUGAAAUAGGAAGGCGGUUAGUUCCAUAGAAGACGUCAUUUUGAAAGUUCCCGUGGCAAAAAAAAAAUUGAAGUUCUGUGCGAGCUUGGGACGGCAGCAACUAUUGAACUGCUUAGCUUGUACUUCCUGAAAUAUUUUGUCAUCGUGUGCUGAAUGAAGAGAGAGCCGGGUUGUCUGCUGGAAGAUUGGAAUGAGUUCGAUCUGUAAUCUGGUGGAUCAUAGAAGUGGUAACAGCACUUCAGGAAAUGGACUGUUCUGGUGAUCAUGUUUGUCAUCUUGAUUUAGCUGUUUUUAAAAUGGCCUAAACUGAUGGGAGUUCUUGUAGGACAGCAGUAGUUUCUGUCACAAGUUGUGAUCUACAUUCGAUUAAAGAAAAUUUGUCGCGAAUAAAUGAGAAGAGAAACAACAGCAGCCUGCGUUGCCUCUUGAUUAACGGCCAUCAUGCUUCUCAAAUUUUGUCUUUUCAUGUCUGUAUUGUUAUUGAAAUGAGAGACUGUUUCUCAGGACGAUAAUCAGUUAAAACUUUACGUUCCACCCAGUAAAAGGUGACUUUAAGGAUUGGCAGACAGUGGUUUGUAUUUGAAAAGCUUGUGGGGAAAAUUAGUGCUGCCUCAUCCCUUGGAAACUGCGAUUGAUCACCAUAGCAACUCUGCUGCAGCUUUGCUUUGCUUUUGAAAUUCAUGAGGACAAGGAAUUGGGGAAAAUGCGACAGAGGGGCUUUAGUCCAUUAGUCAGAUACUUCAGUGAUUCGCCUUGUGCUGAGCAGGUUUUGUGUUUUUAAGAAGGUUGGAGCUCAAUGAAAAUGAAAGGUCUUUGUCGAGUGUGUUGCAGCAAGCUGCAAGGAAACCAACGUCGCUGGAUUUUCAACACCUGUAGCAAAAGAAGAUUACAAAUUGUUCUUUCCUAUGUAUUGGGUUAUACCAUUAGACGUGAUGGCCAAGGAGAGUUCUUGUGUAGUAAAUGUGCCUUCAUGUUGGAGAAGGUAAUCAAAUAUGACAUUGUUACUGCUCGUGUUAAGACUGUUUCCAGUGAGAGGCUACAGAUGUUGGCAGCAGAGAAAGACCAACUGAUUCAAUGUAUUGUGCACUUGUACUUCAGAUAUAAUGAACAUUCUAAAAAUUCCUGUGAUAGAGAAGCAGGCCUCUCUCCUGAAAGUACAGAUCAGCCCUCCUUACAGUACAGCUUGCUUCUCCAAGAUGAAUCUAUUUUAUCUGAAUUUUGGACACCAAAAAAAAGCAGCAAGGAAAUCUUGGGCUGUUCGAACUGCUGGCGUUCUUUCACUGGAGGACACAGGAAGAGAUGGUGCCUCUGCUCUAAUUCAGUGAGAAUAGCUAAUGUAUUCUGUGACUUGGUGUGCUCGUCUCCUAGACGGGCCAUGCAAGGAGACCUCAGAGGAAAUGUAUGUUCAAGAAGCCAGUCACAGAGCUUGUGCUUUGAUUUAUUACCAAGAAGCCCAGCCCCUGUGGGGAAGCUGGCCAGUCGUCUUUGCACCAGCAACCUAGAAACUGAAAGUGCAUCGUUAUUAAAUUCCACCAGGCUUGAUUGGAAAAUUGAAGAAUCUGAAAACCUUCAGCUGAAAUCCACAUUUCGCAACGAAGAGUUGACUGAAACUUCCCCCUCAAUGAGAGAAUCUAUUGCAAAUGCAAUUUGGGAAAUGAAGCAUGUUCAAUACAAACCAGUAGCAUCUUUCUCAAAGAGCAAGAUACCUAGGCAUGUGACAUUUUCUGCAUUGACACCAAUGCAGGGAUGUAGCAUUGCAGCAGACUUUCAAGAAGGCUAUGACAGUGUAACAUCUGAGCAAGAACUGUGGGUGGAGCCGGAACAUGACUUUCCUUUCAAACCUGAGAACCUCGUUGAGAAACAUAGGCAGUUGGCACAGUUAGAGGUGGAAGUCAAGCAGCUGAAAGCUGACCUUGAGGUGGCUGAAACUGCAAACAGUACUUUACAAGAAAAGCUAAAGGAAGUAGAUGCUGCAAAUGAGGCCCUUCAAGGACAGGCUAAUGAAAAGAUCAAUGAGCUGGCUGCCGAGAAACAGAACAGUCUGAAACGUGAUAAAACCAUUCAAGGACUCACUUUGGCUCUGAAGACCAAGGAUAAAGAGAUCAAGGAGCUUUACCAUGAAAUUGAAGAGCGAGAUAAUGCACUGGUUAAAGCAAGGGAUUCAAUACAUAAAGCACAGCUGCAGAAAUUUCAGGGAGCAGAAGAAUAUCAAAGCCUCAUGACUGAGAAAGAAACUGAGCUUGCAGAGAUUCGUGCUGAUCGUAAUGGAAAAGCAAUGGAGGUCCAGAAGUUGCAAAGAGCAUUGAGCCGACGAGAGCAGGAGCUGAAAGAUUUGACUGAGGCAAAGGUUAAGCUGGAAGAAGAGGUGGAAGAACUGCAGCUUCAGAAAACAAAGAGCGACAAGACUAUUAAUGAUAUUCAGAACCACAUUCAGAAAUUGGGUGCUGAGCUGGCAGAGAAGGAGCAUGCAGUGGAGCACCAGUAUCAGACUCUGCUAACUGAGAAUAAACAGAAACUGCAAAGCCAAGAACUGGUCAUUGAGCGGUUAACAGACAGCUUAAACAACAAGGAUAGACUGCUUCAGGAAUACAUGGAGUUGCUAAAAGGAGUUCCACAAGCAGGAGAUCAGAGUCCAGGUGGAAAGGAUGCUUUAUUAGCUAAACUGCGUGAUCGUCUGAGGGAGAAAGAUAAAGCUCUUGAGCAAGCGCUUGAUCAAAAACAUGCAGCUAUUGAUGAAAAGGAAAAUGAGAUUCAGCAGUUGCAUCUGGCAUUGAGGGAAAAAGAACAUAAUUUUGAUCGACUGAAGAGUCUCCUUGCCAAUCGUGAAGAAACCAUUAAUAGCUUGGAUGGUACAAUUAAAGAAAAAGACAUCGAGCUGCAGCAUCUGACAAAUAUGUGCAAGAGUUUGCAAAGGCUGAAACAAGAGCUGGAGGACAGUCAAGUGCAGUCACUCCGUGAAAAGGAUGCUGUCAUAUUGCAGCUGCAGCAAUCACUUAAAGAGAAGGCUGACAGUUUGGAGGAGAUGACAAACACACUGCUGAGCCAGUCUCACUGUGGUACCAAGGACCUGGCAGAGCAUUUGAAUCAGCGCUUAAAGGUACAGGAGAAGCUGCUGGAGAAUGCUUGGGCAGAGAGGAAGAAGCUGAGCUCAGAGCAUGAAAAGGAGAUUGAGGAACUCUUAAACACCAUUAACAGCAAGGAUCAGCUCCUCAGGGAGGCUUCAGAGCAUUCCAGUAGUCGUCUGUCGAAACUCAGUCAUGAUAUUGACGGGCUGAAUCGUCAAAAUGUCGAAAAAGAGAAACCUGCAUUAGGCCUGGUGGAACAUGAUCCCAUGUCAAACCAAGAUCAGAUACUACAGAUUGCUCAGCUUAAAGCUGCCUUGGAUGAAAAAGAUAAGAUUAUUAAUAAAUUGGUGGAACAUGGGCAAAAAGAUCAACAUUCGCCUCAACACGAAGCACUGAAUUCCUCACACGUUCUUGAGCUGAAACAAACAAUACAAAUACUGCAGGAGCAGCUGCAUGAGAGAGAUGCUGAAUUAACUCAAGAUUCUGCAGAAGAUGAGGUUCACGUUAAAGUGCCCCGAAGCAAGAAGAAUUCAACCAACCUGAAGAAAGAGCUUGCCCAGAAAUCUCAGGAAUUGGAUGAAGCCUUGAAGAGAGAAAAUGAUGCAAAAAUGGAAGUGAUUCGACUCCAAGCUCUUCUUGACCAGUUGGAAAAGGAUGCUCAAAUACAGGCUGCAAAUGUUGAACGAUUAUCCAAAGCCUUGCAAGUCAAGGAUGAAAUCAUUAAAAACAUUCAGCCUGUAUCUGCCUCCUCUGAGAUAAAGGGAGCAGAGCAGGUGACACGAGAAGUAAUUGUGCUGAAGGAUGGUAUCCAGAGACCUGGCCAUCUUCCAAGAGAGAGAACCAUCAUUGGAGGAGGCGGCCAGCAGCCUGUCCAAACUCUUGAAGAUCAGGUGUCAGAGGAAAGCUUGUACCAGGCACUGAAGACAGAGCAGCAACUCUACUCUGGACUCAUCAAAGCAGUGAAAGAAUCAGACAGUCGCAAUCGCAUCCAAGCCUUGCAGAUGGAGCUGACAGGCAUUCAACUGCUGCGACAACAACUUGAGGAAAGCAUUCAAACCAAUCGAGAUCUGCAGAAGAACUUGGAACAACAAAUCCAGGAUGCCAAAAGAAAAGACACUGUUUCCAAAGGAGAUGUGGUUGACUUUAGUGAGAUGGAGUGUCUGCGGCACCAGUUGGAAGACGCCCGACGCUGGAAUGUCUCGCUACAAUCGCGACUUGGACAGAUGCAGGCUAGAGCUGGUGGCGUGGGUGCAGCCAAUGAUUUGGGUAACACUUUUACAAGUUGUGGAGACCAGACUUCAUAUCUCAGCAUCUGCCUGGGCCAGUUUGAUGAUUUGGAGCAGGAAAUAGUGAAUCUUUCUCUUCCAGAGCUCCGACAAAAGGUUAUUGAACUUCUGAAAUCCCUGAAAGCAUUGCAAGCCAACAAUCAGGAGUCGCAAGACAGAAUUAGCAUGUCAGAGCACUCUGUUCUCUGUUCCAACAGCGAAGAUAAACAAGAGGAACCAUUGAUGGCUGCACAGCUGCUUCAUCAACGACAAGAAGAAUCAAUGAAAAUAAACGGAGGCCUUCAGGAGCUGUCACAAAGCAUUAACCAGCUUGACGACCACAAUUUGGGUACAUCCAAAGGUGACAAAUGUAUACAGACAGUCCCUGAAGUUGAACCAGCAGAGAUGGUACCAGCACAGCAAGCUUCUACUACUACAGAGGAAAAUUGGAAGCUGGAUUCUGCUUUGGUGUUUGGAGUCUCUGCUGCUGAUAGAAAUAGUUCAGAGUCUACAAAGUUAUUUGAUGACUUGAACAAGAUGAAUUAUGAAUUGCAAGACAAAUGUAGACAGCUACAAGAAGCCAAGGCUCAGCUGGAGAUAACUGAGUGCCAGUGGCAUGAAAUGGAGGCAAGAAAUCAUGAAAUGGAGGAAGAAGUUAGCACAAUAAGGUGGCUGAUGGAGAAGAACGGUGUAUCGUCGGUGACUGCGCUGGGAAAUGAAAUUGUGAAAUUGAGAGCAGAAAUAACACAACUGCGAGAUCAACUUGGAGAGAACGUGUCAAUAAGUGAGAAUGAAGGCGAGGAAGAAGUCGAUGAUGAGAGCAAAGGUGGUCUAAGGAAAACUGUUCUGAGGUUAAAAAUCAAACUGAAGAAACAGAGAAAGGCACAUGACCUUCUGAAGCAGCAGAUUGAGCUCAAUUCCUCUGGCGAGGGUGCACGUUUCAACCCUGACUUGAUUGUAAGCAUGGCAAAGGAAAUCGAACACUUGAAGGAGCAUCUGGAAGCCGCCAAUCAAAAGAGAACAAAAGAAAUUAAAACAGAAGAGGGUAAAGGGCUCCAGGAAUCGAAAUGGCCACAGUCACAACCUUCGGAGUUUAGAAAUCACAAGGCAAGGAGCACUGAACAGAUCAGUACAAGGUCUCGUCUCCCUGUUCCACUAAAACGGCCAGGAUCGAUCAACAGUGUUAAUACUGCCACCUCUGGCCAAGAUUUCCCUUCUGACCAUCAACAAGUUGAUCAGUUGAGGGCAGCAUUGAAGGACGACAAACAAUUGCAGAGUAAGCUGUCUGCAGAUGAGACAACGCUUAUCAACCAGGCAGAGAAGUUAAGGCCUCAUUGUACUCCUAUCCAUGCUGAAUCAUCUUUGAAACAAGAUGAUAAAGAGGUCCAAGUGGACUUGCAGGACCUUGGUUAUGAAACCUGUGGAAAAAGUGAUGCGGACAGGGAUGAGAGCGGUAGCCCAGGUAACACAGGCAAUCAUUUACCAGGCCAUUGCUACAGUGAUUCAGCCGUUCCUGCCCUGCUCAAUCGCCGUUUUUUCUCCAUGGAAAAUCUGGACACAAAUUCAUCAACUUCAUACCCAAGUUCACCAAGUUUGAUUUCACCCAAAGUCAGCUUGAAGAAUCUUGAUGUUUUCGAUGAUUACGGACAGACCGAUGAUAUAAGUGAACUCAAACUUCAGAUUGGUGAACUAAAGGAGCAAAUAGAGAAGUAUCGGAAAGUCAUUCACCACCUGCAGACACGUGUACGCAAGAAUUCUCUGUCCAGUGACCAGUUGACUAUUUCGGACCAAAGUCACCAGGCUCCAACUAGAGGUUCAUAUGACAGACACUCUUUGGAAAGUUUUCAAAAAGAUAAUGAUAGCAAUUACAGCCAGAGGAGACAUUCUAUACAGUCUUCGGAUCUAGCUGUUCAAACCAGCCAGCAGGUUGGCAAUCUUUCCAAUUGUGCAUCAAGAUCACAGAGUGUGGAUUUUGGAAGUCAGAAUGAGAAAGGGGACUGGUUGAUGUCUGUUUAUUGCCAGGAUGGACAACUGGUACAAAAGUUAAAGGAACAAAUGGAACAACUGGAAGAUCAGAUACAGAAAGAGAGAGCACGGAAUGAGGAGCUUACUGAUCAGCUUCAGAGCAAACUGGCGCCAGCGUUACCGGCUCAAAAGUACGACUCAUUGGUGCAGUCGCAAGCGAGGGAGCUCUCGCACCUCCGACAGCAAAUUAAAGAAAACCGCAACAUCAUCUCCUUGCAUCGCCAGUCCCUUGUGGAUCUAACCAAGGCCUUUGAGGAGCUGUUGCAGGCCAGCGAUGUUGACUAUUACGUCGGGGAAGCCUUUCGUGAUCAACUAAACCAGAGUUUACAAUUGGUGGAAAAGCUAGAGAGCAAGUUUGAUGGUGGUAUUACUGGAGAUGCAUCUUCUGCUUAUGGAGACAACACCUUUGUUGAUUUCUCUCAAAGUCCUCGCAGCCUGCAGUGUGAGAUUCUCUACCUUCGAAAGCAGCUAGAAAGUGAGCGCAAGCACCUACACAAGCGGCUGAAUGAGCUUCUGCAUGAGAAUCAAGCCUUGUCACAGGCAACUAAAGAACAACUCGCACAACUUGCAAAAGAACUGCAGGAGAAGAAUAAAACAAUCUAUUACCUGCAGCAACAGUUGCAUGUGCCGUCCAUCAGUCAAGUCGCUUCAGACUCUGAAAUAUCGGAUAGAAUCUCCAUUAGUUCACAUGAAGGUCAUUCAACAACACCUGAGCCGCCAGUUGGGAAAAGCUCAAGAAAGAACCGUAGCGGUAGAGAGCAGAUCUUUCAACAGAAGCUGAACCACGAGCCCUCAGGUGGUCUCCCUGCAACUAAUUCGGACACAAGCCUGCAGAGUGAUCCACAUAACAAGGAGAGACUGAGGUCUGGACUUGGUGUUUCUUCAUGUGGAACGACACAACCUCUAGCAGACAAUGUGAAAGAGACCUCAGGGUCUCAAGUGUCACCCACUAGUGAUUGGCCAGUUGGCUAUGCUGAUGCUCAAACGUUGUAUGAGCUUGAGAGGGAGAAUUCUGCACUGCGAGAACAACUGAUGAACAAGGAAGAGUUGAAUGAGACUCUACGCACAGAGCUCGACUUGCAUCGCUCCAUUUUGACACAGAGACAGCAGAAUGCUGAUAACCAUGCUGCCUUUUCCCCCAAUCAGAGCGGUCACACCUUAAUAGCAGACAAGCAAACUGCAGCUUCCACAGAGCCAAAACAUGAUCCUGGCCUGCACGGUGCAGGAGACUUGGCAGGCCACCUACUUGAAAUUCGGAGUUUAAGGCAGCGUUUAGAAGAAUCUAUUAGAAAUAACGACAGAUUAAGACAGCAACUGGAAUGUCGACUAGCUGCAGCUGAAAAUGAUCUAGCUUCUACAAAUAUUUUCAUCCAUGGUACUGAUGAGCGCAGUCGCAUGACAGAUGAGGUUCAUUACCUGAAGGAACAAAACAAGACUCUAAAGGUGCAGCUGACGAGAAGCUCCAGAGACAAACAGAGAGAAAAUGAGAAACUAAAGGAAUCUCUUUCAAAGAAGACUGCCAGCAUUGAGCGCCUACGUAGCGAGUGUGAGCGUGUAAAGAGGGAAAGUACUCAACUCCAGCUCAAAGUUAAUAAUGGUCAUGAAGAAAGCAGAAAGUUAAAAGAUGAGUUGCACUGCAGUCGUGAAGAGAUAAGCAGGCUGAAGCGAGAGCUUAACUUGCAGCAUCAGCUCCUCGCCGAGAAUCAGGAGCUGCUGCAGUCGUUACGGGUGGAACUUCGGGUAUACGAGCAGAUGAAGGAAAACAAAACAGAGCCUGUACGACAUGAGAGCCAUGGAUCGGUGAAACAUUUCCAAGGAUCUGUUGAUCUGAAUGAACUGAUGGCAGAGAUCCGCUGCCUUCGAAUUCAGCUGGAGAGAAGCAUUCAGACCAACACUGCUCUACGUCAGAAGCUUGAAGAACAGCUUCAGAAAAGACAACUGAGAAAUGAAGGCAGUCCUUCCACUAUUAAUAUAAACUACCUCUUGGCAAGGGGUCAGAGGAGCGCUGGAGGAAGACGCUUGUAUCGAGAUUCUGAAGCCGACUCUUCAGCAGAGGAUGGUAAAGAAAACUUCCAGUCCCAUGGAUUUCCAACGCCGCCCAAAUCUGUGAAUGUUGCUGCAGCUGUUGACGGAUCGGUGUUCCGAAUCCCAGGAAUUGAAGCACUGCCAAAGGAUGAGUUUGACAGCACUUCACAUUACAGUGAGAGUUCAGUGGAAAACCUGUCGCAUAGACCGUCCCGGUUUGUACCAGCACGUCGGAUGUGGGCAGACAAGGAUGGACAGUGUGUACUUGGUCUACUGGAAGAUUACAAUGCACUCCACAAGCAGCUCUCUGAGGGCCGGUCUCUGCUGCAUGGAAUGGACACGCGUCUUGGAGAUGCUGCCUGCCACAUUACUGCUGCAGUGGAACCAGUUGAACCUUUGCUGAAGGGCCUGUCUUCAAAUGUGAGCACCGUGCAGCAAGUGUUUGAGGAAGCAGGACGCUUGCUUAAACUCUUCUGGAGGGUAUCUUUGCCCAUCCCUGCCGCCAGCUCUAGCAGUCAGCAUCAGCAGGAAAAGGUUGUGAAGGACGAGGUCUCUCGGCUACGCAAGAAGUUGACGGAGCAAGAAAAGCUCCUCCAUGGCACAGUGAAACGUCUUCGUACGACCAACCAGCUGAAGGAGGGCAUGGAGAAAAUCAUCAUUGACCAACUGUCACUGACGCAUGAUGUAUUGAAGAAAGCUAGAGGAAAUCUGGAGGUGGCAGGUUGGAGAGCUCCCAUUAGUGUCCCUGAUGCUGCCUGUGUCGAAAUUGCAGACGCAACCCGCCGAGGCUCUGCCGCUAAAUGGGAAUUAAUUAAAUCUUUUGACGGAGCUAUCAACAAUAGUUGCUCGAGCGAAGAGGCUUGCUCUGCUUCUGAAGAAAAGAAUGACUCUUUGACCUCAUCAUUCUGCAGUUAUUGAAAAUAAGCUUAAAGUAGCCUCUUUACAGGCUGAAUUGCUGUUUUGUUUAAAAAAAAAAGCAAAAAUUGCCUGAAAACUAGCUUUUUUGCACAGAAUUGCAGAACUUUCUGCUGAUCCUAAAUGUUAAAGUAGGUGGUACGGAGACUUAGAAAAUAUUGUGGACAGUGUGAGAUGUUAAAGGGACUUUUUUUUGAUGCAAGACUGUGGAAAUGGAGUUUUAAAAAAAAUGUUGUACAAGUGCUUUUAAAAUUACGUAGACUAAGAAAAGUUGAAUCAAAAUGUUAGAAGAAAUCUUUGUAUAUUUCCUUCAGUUUAGCAAUAAUUGUUGUGUAAAGAAUCUAUUUUGUAAAUAAUCUGGAAUUUGUGUUCAAUACAAACCGCGUGAGUAUUGUGAUGUGCCGUUGUAUGUCUCUUUCCUGGGAACAGAUCUUUCCCAAGAUACUGCCCUGCCUUAAAUUUGAAUUCUCUUAAUGUCAAUGUUCUGUUUUUAUUGUAAAGAACAUGUGUAAGUUCCACAUUGUGAAAGGGAGCUGGCAUUGCUGUACAUACUACCCCAAUGUAUGGGUCUGUUCUAUUUUGUCAAAAUACAUUUUCUAUUGUUACUGUA